GUCACCGACGUAUCUCCUCGGGAUGGUCUACAGAAUGAACCCGUCGCCGUCGACACGGCAACAAAGCUGGAGCUCAUCCGUCGGCUCAGCGCCGCUGGCAUCCGAAGUAUCGAGGCAACCUCCUUCGUCAACCCGAAGCUCGUACCACAGAUGGCAGAUGCCACCGAAGUUCUCAAGUCCUGCGUCACUGAGCUACCAGACGUGCGCUUCCCUGUGCUCGUGCCCAACCUACGGGGCCUGGAGGCUGCCCUGGCUGCGGGAACGAAGGAGGUGACCCUUCUAGCAGCGGCUAGCGACACCUUCGCCCAGAAGAACACGAAUUGCACCGUCGAGGAAAACUUGGAGAGGGCCAAGGCCGUGAUGCAACGAGCGAAAGAGGCGAGCUGCACAGUGCGUGCGGCCAUUUCCGUGUGUUUGGGCUGCCCCUAUGAGGGCACGGUGCCUCCCAAGCGAGUAGCUCAGGUGGCCGCGCGCCUCUUCGAGGGCGGCUGUGAGGAGCUCCUGAUUUGUGACACGACUGGCGUGGGGACGGCCGGUGGAGUGUGCGCCGCGUGCUCGAGGAAGUCCUAG